AUGCAAGGAAGGAGAAAAAAACAGGAAGAUCGGUACACAGUCAUUAACGACAUGACCAAGUAUAUAGAUGCUUAUGAUUACAAAACUUUAUUUUUUUACAAAAGAAAUCCAUUUUAUUGCUUUUCUGUUAUUGAUGGACAUCGAGGUAUAAAGGCGUGCGAAUAUUGUAUGACCCAUAUUGUGAAGAAUAUUAUUUACUAUUUUUAUAACCAAGACAAUGUCAGAGAGGAUGAAUUUAAACUCGGCUCCUCGUCUGCCACAAAGAAUAAUAAACAGGACCCUUCUGAUGGUCAAAGUUGCGCAGAGAAAGGUGCUACGCAUAAAAGGGAGGUUCAAGGAACGGCGGUCAAAGGACAUACCCAAGAAGGAAGCCAAAAGGGUGAAAAUAAAAGCCGUGAUGAUAGCAGCUCCACAAGCUUCUCUCGCCAGGACUCUUCCACAGGGGAUGAAAAGAAAGAUUCGUCAUCAAGGAGCAACCCACAAGAGAGUGAAAAGGAGGAAGGUAGAAGCAAGGACAAACGCGUGAUGAUGAAGGAACAAAUUUCAAAAACUAAGAAAAGAAAAAUAGACAGCAGCGAUAUUACAGAGAGUGAAGAAAAUCCAUCACAGAGAGAAAGUGAAGAUGACGACAAGAAGCGUAGAGGAGGAAACGUAAGCGCCGAUUCUGAUGGGAGCUCCGGGGAAGAAAAGGACGAGUGCACCCGUACCUCCAUAACGGAGGAUAGAGCAAAAACAAGCGCCAACACCAGCAGUAGUGGACAAAAAAAACUUGUAUUUUUAGAGGACCUCACAGAUGAAGAAAUCAUUAAUUGUAUAAAACUCGCCUUCUUAAGAACAGACGAACAGUUCCUUAAAAUUUCCAAAUUCCCGAAUCAUGGCUGCACCGUGGUUUCCCUCAUUAUCAUAAAGAACAAAAUGUUUAUUGCCAACCUCGGGGACUGCCGGGCGAUAGGCAUCGUCAACGUGAACGACACCUUGAAACCGGAAAUGCUGUCGAAGGACCAUAAGCCCAAUGAGCCCAAGGAAAGGGAGCGGAUAAAAAAAAUGGGAGGCGAAGUCAUCUGCAUGCAAAACGUGUUCAGGGUUAAGGCCAACGCGAAGAAGACCAAUUUGGACCCUUCCAAUUUGCUGGAGCGCAUGCCAAUGAAGGAGGAAGUUUACCUUGCGGUUUCUAGAGCCAUAGGAGACAAAGACUUCAAAGAAAACAACGUGGUGUCAGCCAUGCCCGAUGUCAUCUGUAGAGAGCUGUGCGAUGCAGAUAAAGGUGACAAGGAAUCGGAAAAGGAAAGUGUUGAAGAUUCCGACUCAACGGUAAGAGUCAAAGUGGAAGAAGACUAUUUCAAAGAGGGUGAACCAUUUUUUUUUUCCGCGGAUGAGAUGAAUUACCUCUUUGUUGUUUUGGCUUGUGAUGGAGUGUGGGAUACCCUGUCCAAUAAGGAUGUGGCCCAGAUUUUGCAAACCUACCAGCACGACCCGGAUAAGGCCUGCAGCGAAAUUAUAAAAACGGCAUUUGCCUGCGGAAGUCAGGACAACAUAACCGCUAUUGUGUUAAAAUUUUACUGA